AUGGUGGAAGGACCCCAGGACGAGAGUCCUCCAUGGACAAAACUUUUAGAAGUGACCCCUGCAGCCCCUAUUAUUGUGAAAGUCGAAGAACCACAGGAUCCUCCGGCCACAAAUGGACAGCCCCCGGGUGCCCCUAGAAGACAAAGUCUUUUAGGGUCUUUUCAUAGACAAUUGAGGUUGUCUUUUAAGGGCGACUCUUCUGGAAAUGGAGGAGGGCCCCUUUUUAGAUAUCGUCAAACUAGGUUCUCAUCCAGGAGAGUAAGGAAAAGGGUUGUUUUCAAACACGGAGACUGCAAUGUUGUCCAAGGAAAUGUCGCCAAACGCAGAAGACGUUACCUUCAAGACAUCUUUACAACUCUGGUGGACGCCCAAUGGCGCUGGACGCUCAUGGUUUUCGCCCUGAAUUUCCUUUUGUCCUGGUUAGGAUUUGCUGUAAUCUGGUGGUUUAUAGCCUACAUGCACGGAGAUUUCGACCAUCCACCAUUGACAGAUUUAAGUGCCUUGGAUAACAGAAACUCCACCUUACACAUACCUUGUGUAACCAACACCAGAAGUUUUACUUCUUGUUUUCUGUUUAGCAUUGAAACCCAACACACCAUAGGUUAUGGUGGUCGUACGACUACUGAAGAAUGUCCAGAAGCAAUCUUAAUAAUGUGCCUUCAGUCGAUCGUAGGAGUUUUUAUACAAGCUUUCAUGGUCGGCAUAGUUUUUGCCAAGUUGUCCAGGCCUAAAAAACGAGCACAAACUUUGUUGUUUUCCAGAAAUGCUGUCAUUUGCCAUCGAGAUGGUGUUCCUUGCCUAAUGUUCAGGGUUGGUGACAUGAGGAAAAGUCAUAUUAUUGAGGCACAUGUCAGGGCACAAAUUAUCAGGAAAAAGGUGACCAAAGAAGGUGAAGUCCUGUCUUUCUACCAGCAGGAACUGGUAGUAGAAGCUGAUGGAACCGAAGACAGACUUAUGUUUAUUUGGCCAACUACAGUUUCCCAUCCAAUUGAUAGAAAUUCACCCCUCUAUGCUAGUGCCAACGACAUGAUGAGGGAAAGAUUCGAAAUUGUCGUCAUGUUGGAGGGUGUCGUAGAGUCAACUGGAAUGACAACCCAGGCCAGGAGCAGUUAUUUGCCUGCAGAAAUUUUGUGGGGACGAAGAUUUGAAUCUAUGGUUAAAUUUAGGAGAGAAACCAGUGAAUAUGAGGUCGAUUAUACCCUUUUCAACAACACUUACGAAGUCGAUACUCCUUUGUGUAGUGCUAAGCAACUAGACGAAGCCAAAUCGGCCUUAGACACGCCGAAUGGAACCGUUAAAGUGUAA